AUGGGUUUGAAAACAGCUCUUUUGUCGGUUUUGGGCUUCGUCGCUUUGACGAAUGCUUCGGUUAUUCAUCCUCGUACUUCCAAGCCAGCACAUGCUCAGUACUACAACAAGAAGACUUCUCCCUAUUAUGUCCCAUCUACUGGAAUCCCUGAAGUCUCAUUCGAUGUUGGUGAAAGCUAUGCUGGCCAGAUUCCAGUUGACUUGAAGAAAACUGGCUCCAAAGAUCCCAAGUUCUUCUAUUGGUUUUUCCCAACUGUUAACCCAGCUGGAAAGGAUGAUGUUGUAAUUUGGUUCAACGGAGGUCCCGGCUGUUCCUCUUUAGAAGGUCUCACACAGGAGAAUGGCCCGUUCUCUUGGAAAUAUGGAACAUACAAGCCCGUGCCAAAUGCUUGGUCCUGGCAUAAGCUCGCCAACGUUAUCUGGGUUGAAUAUCCCAUUGGAACUGGUUUCUCAACCGGUCACGUAACAGCAAAGAACAACACCGAAACAGCAGCCCAAUUCGUCGAAUGGUGGAAGAACCUCGUCGAUACCUUCGGUCUUCAAGGCAAGAAACUCUACGUCACCGGCGAAAGCUACGCCGGUGUCUACGUCCCAUACGUCGGCGCUGCGAUGCUUGACAAGAAGGACAAAACCUACUACAACGUCAAAGGCGCUCUUUACUACGACCCUGUCAUGCCGUAUGCUGAUAAGCUACAUCUCGAUCAUGCUGCUUUCCCAGGCUUCUUCAGACAUUGGGAGAGCGUUUUUGCGAUUCCGGAUAAGAAUAAGAAGAUUCUUGAUAACGAUAAUGAGAAAUGUGGAUUGGAUAAGUAUCGUGAGGCUCAUCUUACAUACCCACCUCCUCCCACGCCCUGGAAGCCUGUUCAGGUUAAGGGAUGCGAUAUCACGGGUCACUUCGAGGAGAUCAACACUGUUAUCAACCCUUGUUUCAAUGUUUACCACGUCCAAGAUACUUGCCCAGUUCUUUGGGACAUCCUUGGCUUUCCCUCGGUUCAAUACACUCCUCCCGGCGCAACUCUCUUCUUCAACAUCCCUGGUGUCCGAAAGGCAAUCCACGCCCCAGCUGCGCCCAAAGAAUGGGCAUCGUGCUCAGGCCCAGUCUUUGUCGGUGACGAUGACAGAUACGACCCCGCGGAGCACGAGAAGAAGUUCCAAACUCUCGUUGAGAAGACCAACAACGUCAUGAUCGGAUCCGGCAUGGCUGACUAUAUCAUCACUUCCAACACAACUGCCUUAGCCGUCCAAGGUCUCAAAUGGAACGGCAAGCAAGGUUUUCAGACAGCGCCAAGCGCAGAGUUUGUUGUUCCGGUUAUCAACAACACAGAGAAGAAUGUUGAGAACUGGGCGGGUGGUAGUGUUCAGGGAUCAGUUCACUCAGAGCGAGGUUUUACGUUGGCGACGGUUAAGACGAGUGGACAUAUGGUUCCGCAGUAUGCUCCACCUGCUGCGUUUAGACAGCUGGAGCAUAUACUUGGACGUGUGAAGUCGCUCACUGACCCUGAGCCUUUCUCUGUAAAUAUUUCUACUUCUUUCAGUUGGCCAUAUUAG